CACCCCGGACGUUAGACUGGUUUUGUGGUGACUGAGAAAUUACGGAUAAUAUAAGUGGGGGAGUGGGUGAUGUUACAUAACACAGUGCACCGUUUCCCCUUUUUAUCUUUCGUAAAUUGUACAAGUGAACAAGAGUAUCCAGUUAUCAUUGCAAUGAAAAAGCAACAAGCUUUGAGUGUGAAGUCUCGUUUAUAACAUGCACUUGCCGCACGUGAAAAAGGAACAGUGGAACCUUAUACAGAUGGUUUCCACAUGAUCUCUUAUCUAUCCUUGCAUUCUCAUUUGUCAGACAUUAUUAACAGUAAUUGAAUAACGUGUGUGCUUUAUCAGAAAAAUCUGUCAAAAGAGUAUUUCCAUAGAUCUGUGUUGGCUACUUAGCCUAUAGGCCUAUGUUCCACAUAAUAUUAAUGAAGCACUUUAUUUUCCUUGAGGUAUGUGGGUUAAUUGUGUUUUCAACCUUUCUAAUAAUGUUAGUAUACCAUAAAACAAAAACAUUUAAUUAUCAGUUAUUGCAUUUUCCAUUAAAUUGCGUCUUGUUCUUUCAAACACAAGCCUGACAUUUGUGUUCUAGAAUGUUCUAGAAUAUGAUCUUAUUCUAGAAUCAGCUUCUGUCUAGAGAAUACUUUCUCAUUAAAUUAGUGAUCACGACAAUAAGGCAUUUUUGUCGUCAAAGCAAAUGCUGAAGGGGCCGGCUUGGUGACGCGUUGUUGCUAAUGAAGCGAUACCUAUUAUUUUCUGGAUAAGAGCUCCCUCCAUCUCCAUGGCGACGUGGAGAUCUUACAUUCAAAACCAUGGAGUGUGCGCGCAGCUUUCUCGCUUGAAGGGGAUCGGUUCGAUGGCAGGACAAAGCGAAAGGUAGAGCUCUCUACCUUGCGGAAGAAAAGAUAAACGAUAGGAUCUGUUUUGGGGACGAAAAGGGGAACAAUUCUGAGACACAAGUCAUCUUCAUAGGAAAGGAGCCGGGCUUGACUCCUUCUAAAGCCCCAAUGGAGCAGGAUGUGGAGAGUCCGGCAAUCACCAUUCGAAAGGCCAAGCUCCCCAAGCAAGCCUGUGAGGACCUCCCCAAGCAGCUGGGGGACCAGGUGCGAGCAAAGAGGAAGAUUCAGCGGUAUGUCCGUAAGGACGGCAAGUGUAAUGUCCACCAUGGCAAUGUCCAGGAGACCUAUCGGUACCUAACGGAUAUCUUCACCACACUGGUGGACCUCAAGUGGAGGUUCAACCUCUUCAUCUUCGUCUUGGUGUACACAGUGACGUGGCUUUUAUUCGGCUUCGCGUGGUGGCUCAUCGCCUAUGUUCGUGGUGACCUGGAACACAUAGGGGACAACCAGUGGACUCCCUGUGUCAAUAACCUCAAUGGGUUUGUCUCAGCCUUUCUCUUCUCCAUAGAGACAGAGACCACCAUAGGUUAUGGCUAUAGGGUUAUAACAGACCAAUGCCCAGAGGGGAUCCUUCUGCUGUUGAUUCAGUCGGUGCUGGGGUCCAUAGUUAAUGCCUUCAUGGUGGGCUGCAUGUUUGUUAAGAUCUCGCAGCCCAAGAAGCGGGCGGAGACGUUGGUAUUCUCUACCAACACUGUCAUCUCCAUGAGGGAUGGCCGGCUGUGCCUGAUGUUCAGGGUGGGGGACCUUCGGAACUCGCACAUCGUGGAGGCCUCCAUCAGGGCCAAGCUGAUCAAGUCCAAGCAGACCAAGGAAGGGGAGUUCAUACCCCUCAACCAGACAGACAUGAAUGUGGGUUAUGACACAGGGGACGACAGGCUCUUCCUGGUGUCCCCGCUCAUCAUCUGUCAUGAGAUCAACCAGAACAGCCCCUUCUGGGAGAUCUCCCAGGCCCACCUGGACAAAGAGGACCUGGAGAUCGUGGUCAUUCUGGAGGGCAUGGUGGAGGCUACAGGGAUGACUUGCCAGGCCAGGAGUUCGUAUGUGACCAGCGAGAUAAAGUGGGGCUACCGCUUCAUGCCGGUGCUCACCCUGGAGGAUGGCUUUUACGAGGUGGACUACAACAGCUUUCACGACAUCCACGAGACCAACACCCCCAGCUGCAGCGCCAGAGAGCUGGCUGAGAUUAAUUGCCGCAUCCACCUGCCCUUCACCUGGUCUGUAGCCAGCAAGCUCAGCCAGCAGGGGGUGCUGGAGCCCGAGGGCCGCGAGAAGAAGCAUACUACACUGGUAACCCAGGAAGAAGGGCUAGAGGAGCAGACAGAGAGGAACGGUGACAUUGCUAAUAUAGAGAGUGAGUCCAAAGUGUAGAGGGAAGAGAACUUAGGCCAGAGGGGCUGUGUGGGGCUUACUGUGGUGUCUCUACUCCUCAUGGCUGUCUGACCAGGUGAGCUGGUCCCAGGUCAAAGGUCAGAGCCAAGGCAGAAAAAUGGGGAACCUGAGUUCAAGGAUGGUCUGGUCCUAGGAACCCUGCAACAAGGACAGCUUUAGCCCUAAACAGGUCAUUUGCCCCCCAAAGAUAGAUGGUACAUGACAAUGGCUGGACUGAAAAGCUCUGUAAUUGCAUGUUUUGAUAACAUCGUUUUUUUCUUGAAGAUAUCAAUUAAUAUUAUUUCGUUUUUUUUAUUCAAAGAUUAAAACCUAUACAUAUAAACAUAUAUAUUCUAGGAUAUUUGUAUUUGUAUUUUUUGUAUAUACUAUCUGUUAUGUUGCCAAAGUGUGAAUAUUUGACAAGAAGAUGUUUGAUACUGAUUAAUUUAGACCAGGUCUGUACAUAUUCUAUGCCUUAUGUACAAAGCUUUCCUUACAUUAGAGUUUUAAGAAAUAUAUAAGCAUGUACAAAAACUCACUGUAGUUCAUUUAUAAUAUAUUGUGUACAUAUGAGAAUAAUGGCGAUUGUAAUAGGCAUGACAAUAUAACUCUUAUUAACAAUUCUGGAUGAAAGCCCUAUAGAAUAUUCAGCCUGGCCUAAUGGACUAGUUACUUUAGACAGAAAGUAGGGAGGUUGGUCGGGGAGGAUGGGUAGGCAUAAUGCGCAUCCUUCUAGCAAUCCACAGGUUGCGUGUUCAGGUUGCGUCUGGGACAACUGUAGCAUUUUAGCUAAAACAUCUCCUAACCAUUUUCUAAGCUUAUGCCAAUUCACCUGACCUGCUACGUAAAGUUGCCUAACCCUUGUUGUUUUAGUUCUCCUAACCUUUUAACGUAAAUGUCAUAACCUUUGUUAGUUCCCUUAACUGCCAGCAUAAAUUCUCUUUAUAAUUAUCCUACUGGUGCAACAAGCAACCUGGUCUCAGAGGAGGACGUCAUCCAAGAUACGUUAUCCAAGCAGCAGAACAUUUAUUUUAUACUAAUACAAUUGCUCAGAGAAAUAUUUUAUUUAUAAGUAAUACAAAAAAUAUAAAAAAGAAAGGAGUAAAAAUUGGCACGACGCUGAGCAUUUCUCUAAAAUGUUUUAUGAGAUUGGAGAACAUAAUGGGAGGGAUCUUAGACCAUUCCUCCUUACAGAAUCUUACCAAAUCCUUGAUAUCCUUCAUCUGCUCCUAUGGACUGACCUCUUCAAUUCAAACCACAGGGUUUUCAAGUCCUGGCAGAGGCAUCCGGGUUUUAGGCUAAAAUGUCCUGGUACUUGGUAAAGUUCAUGAUGCCUUUAACCAUAACAAGGGCCACAGGACCAGUGGAAGCAAAAUAGCCCCAUAAGAUGAAGCACUUUUCUCCAUAUGCUUCCGUUUUUCGACGCCAAAUCCACCGCUGGUGUGCAUGGCCAAAGAGCUCUAUUUUCAUGUCAUCUGACUAUAGCACUGCCUGGAGUUUGCUAAACGGAAUUGGCACUUGGAUUGGAACCGGUGAGAAACAUGCUCACUUUUCUAAUAUGAAGGAUAGGCUUCCAUCUUUCAAUGUGUCUCUGAAGUGAACCCCACUGUAGUGUCCGGCCCAUAGCGGACAAAUGAAAGCACACUGGUACUACGAAAGAAGCCAUGUGAGGGGAGCUUGGGGAAGAGCAUCAAGGCCUACUCUAGCACCUUUAAUUUAACUAAGUGCAGCCCGAGGGUGUUCAUUUUCUUCUUUUUACAUAUUAGACCUCUUUAUUUCUGCUGCAAAACUAAGUUUCUAAAAGCAAUUUCUUUGUGUUUCCGGCAAAAUGUUUGAUUUGAAAUAAAACAGUGUAACGUAACCUUACAAUGUUAUCACUUUACAAAAUGGUUCUAUUGCUUGUGCUGAAGAGCCAUAUACAGGUCUCAGAUAGCAACAGUGUGUAAUUUUGUUACUGCAGAACGUUCUAGCUCUGCAUGUCACUGAUAGCACACCUGUAUAACUAUGGCUUCUAUGUGUCAAUAAAAAACAUUUGGGUAACACUUAAGUUACCCAUAUACAACGCAGUUAGUCUAUAGCUAAUUAAAUGUUUUUAUUUGUGAUCCAUGUUUGUUACAGGUGUAGGUACUGUGAAGUUAUUGGUAAUUAAUCAGAUGUUAUCAAAGGGGUAGAUAUUUCAGCUAUGUGGUAUUUCAGCAGCUUAAUGUAAAGCGUUAUAAACAUGCAGGCAUCAUUGUUUAAUCUGACUUCUGUCCAAUCGCUGAACAAAGAUUGAACGAAACAGACAUGUUUAUUAUAUCGACUCUUUUAUUUGACUGUUUGUAUUCAUUUGUAAUUAUUAAUUGUAUUAGGUUAUAUUUUCAACAUUACACUGAAUUGCAAAAUACUGGUUCAUAAAUCAUCUUCGAUAAUACUUUAACUAAUACUUCUCACUCUCUUUUAUUGAUACAAAUCUUAUUUUACCUUGUGUUGAUUUAAUGAAAUUGAGAAAUAUAUUCACUCUGUGGUCAAUAAUUGAUUGAAAUGGACAA